AUGUCGUCCACCACCUCUGCCAUCUUGUACGCGCUUACCGUGUCGGCGUCGCCGGCUUCCACGGUACCGGAUGAUGCUGCUAGCAAACCUCACCAUGGAAAGGGCCGGUUCCAUAACCCUUGGGAUUCGUGGGUCGAACUCAACCCUUUGAGUAUAGGAUCGGAGAUGAUGAAACGAGCCGUGACUGGAGAAUUGAAAUGGCCCGAUACCACGCCGCCAACCGUGACCGUACACAAACCAAACUUUCUUCCUUCCCGCGAAACGUCCAAACUGCGAGCGACAUGGUUAGGGCAUGCCUGCUUCUAUGCCGAAUUCCCCGGCGGUCUUCGCGUGCUUUUUGAUCCGGUCUUUGAAGAUCGAUGCUCGCCUUUCUCCUGGCUAGGUCCCAAACGAUACACCAAGCCUCCUUGCGACGUUAGCGAGAUACCCAUCAUCGAUAUGGUUGUUAUAUCUCAUAACCAUUACGAUCACCUGUCAUUGCCAACUGUAAAGGCUAUUUCGAAGAAACAUCCCAAUUGCCACUUUUUCGUGCCGUUGGGAAACGCGUCGUGGUUCAAGGAAGCUGGAAUAAACAAUGUGACGGAAUUGGACUGGUGGGACGAGCGCGACUUGACAUUGUCGCCGACAAAGAGCGGCGUCAAGAAAGUCACGGAACCUGAUGCGCCAGCUACAAAAGAUGCUGAGAUUGUAGGUCGUAUCAGUUGUCUGCCGUGCCAACAUACUUCUGCGCGAGGCGCAUUUGAUCGUGCCAAGACAUUAUGGGCGUCGUGGGGUGUCGAGUCUGGUGGGAAGAAGAUUUAUUUUGGAGGAGAUACUGGCUAUAGAUCAGUCUGCAAUCUUAAAGGCGUCGAAGACGACCACGCAGAAGAAUACAAUCUCCCUGUCUGCCCUGCGUUCAAGCAAGUUGGCGAACUAAGAGGGCCAUUCGACCUGGGCCUUAUCCCCAUCGGCGCAUACGACCCUCGAUGGCUGAUGAGUCCCAUGCAUGCCGAUCCGCACGAUGCAGUCAACAUUUUCCAAGACACCAAAUGUAAGAACGCGCUUGGUAUGCAUUGGGGUACGUGGGUUCUCACAGAAGAGGAUGUAUUGGAGCCUCCGCGAAAACUUAAGGAAGCUAUGAAGAGGAACGGUCUUCCUGAGACGGGAGCGUUUGAUGUGUGCGAUAUUGGGGAGAGUCGCGAGUAUUAG